UUGUCUUCACAAUGCAUGACUCAGGUUCUCUGUAUGUCUUGUUCUAGCUUUUGCUCUGCAUGCCUGCAGGAAUGUCUGAAGCCGAAGAAGCCUGUCUGUGGGGUAUGUCGCAGCCCUCUGGCGCCUGGCGAACGAGCCGUGGAGCUCGAGCGGCAGAUUGAGAGCACAGAGACUUCUUGCCAUGGCUGCCGUAAAAAUUUCUUCCUAUCUAAGAUCCGGGCCCACGUGGCUACCUGUUCCAAAUACCAGAAUUACAUCAUGGAAGGUGUGAAGGCCACCACCAAGGAUGUGUCCCUUCAGCCAAGGAAUGUCCCAAACCGUUAUACCUUUCCUUGCCCUUACUGUCCCGAGAAGAACUUCGAUCAAGAAGGACUUGUGGAACACUGCAAGUUAUCCCAUAGCACGGACACCAAAUCUGUGGUUUGUCCAAUAUGUGCUUCAAUGCCCUGGGGAGACCCCAACUACCGCAGCACCAACUUCAUCGAGCACAUCCAGCGGCGGCACCAGUUUUCUUACGACACCUUUGUGGAUUACGAUGUUGAUGAAGAGGACAUGAUGAAUCAGGUGUUGCAACGCUCCAUCACCGAUCAGUGAGCAAGGCUUCUACUGUCCGUCUCGAGUUCCAGAGCUUCCAUUACAUGUUAUGUGUGAAUUUUUAAAUAUACAAUAGACCUGGAA